AUGAGAGUACACAGGGUCGCAGAGGAGGAGAGAGUACCACUGGUGCAGACGGUGGAGAGACGUGUUUGUCAGGAGAGGAAAGAGGAGUCACAGGUGGCAGACGGAGGAGAGAGUGAGUACACAGGUGCGACGGGGGAGAUACGGAGGAAGCAGAGUACACAGGUGCAGUACGGCAGGAGUGAGGUGUCCAAGGAGGAGAGAUUCCACAGGAUGCCUGACGGAGAGGGAGAGGAGUACACAGGUGCAGUGUCCGGGAGGAGAGAGUACACAGGUGCAGGGACGGGGGAGAGAAGUACACAGGUGCGACGGUGGGAGAGAGUACUACAAGGUGCAGACGGAGGUGAGAGUACACAGGUGCAGACGGCGGAGAGAGGAGUAGGAAGGAGAGAGUCCACAGGUGCAGGUCGGAGGAGAGAGUAA